AACUCAAGCAGCCGCUGUCCGCGCUGCCGCCAUCGCCGCGUCCACCUGCAGCCCACUGGCCAUGCGAGGAUACCGCGGCGUCAAAUACUUCCUCUUUGUUUUCUGCUACGUCUUCUGGGUCGUGAGCGCCGUUCUCAUUGCGGUGGGAAUCUACGCCAAGAUCGUCAAGGAGAAAGAUGUUGUGGACACACUGACCGUGGACCCGGCGCUCCUCCUCAUCGUGGUGGGCUCCCUGAUGUUCAUCAUCACAUUCCUGGGAUGUUUGGGUGCCCUGCGUAACGCCACCUGCCUGCUGAAGACGUUUGCGGCCAUCCUGGCGGCGGUGCUUCUGGUGCAGCUGACAGCAGGAAUUCUGGGAUAUGUCUUCACUGACACGGUGAUGGAGCGGACGGAGCGCCUCAUGAUGAAGACCAUUGUCCGCUACCGGGAGGACCGGGACCUGGAGAACGCCAUCGACUUUGUCCAGAAGAAGUUCCAGUGCUGUGGCGUGGACAACUACAGGGACUGGUCCAAGAACGUCUACUUCGAGUGUUCCGACUCCAAUCCCAGUUUGGAAGCCUGCGGCGUCCCCUUCUCCUGCUGCGUCAUCCCCAGCAACCAGACGGUGCUGAACACCAUGUGCGGCCUGGGCACGCAGCGGCAGGAUCUCCGGCGGGCCUCCCGGGACGUCUUCACGGACGGCUGCCUGCCCAAGAUGGCGGCGUGGAUCCGGACCAACAUGAAGAUGCUGGCCGGGAUGACGGGCGGCUUGCUGCUUCUCGAGGUGUGCGUGAUCGCGCUGGCCGUGGCUCAGGUGUGUUGGAUCAACAAAGUGCAGCGACGAAAGGCGGAGCUCGCCAACCGAAGCGCGUCCCGGAAGAAGGACGAGCUGUGGUUUCCCGCCUUUGCUGACUUUGACCAAUGAGAGGCGACCCGGAACCCGCUGGUGGCCUAUCAGGCUCAUCCUGCAGCGACCCCUACAGGCUGGAGACGUAAUGACACACCAGUCACAAAGCUGCUGAUAAGAAAAAAAAAAAUCAGCUCAUUUUUUAAGCUCACAAUGUUGAAACCUCAUGAUCACUUUUUGUCAGUCCAUCACAGGAGGGGUCCAAAGUGAGGCCCGGGGGGGCCAUUUGCGUUUUUUAUUAUUACAGACGAAAUAAACAUAAAAUAUUACGCAAAAAAAGGCAGAGUCGACUAGGGUUGUACGGUAUACCGGUACUAGUAUAGUUAAAGUUAAAGUACCCAUGAUUGUCACACACACACACUAGGUCAGGGGUUGGCAACC